UUGCUGUGACGCUGAUGAUGCAGAUGGCUGCUUCAAUUAUUGUCUCCCUGUUCUUGUUUUGCUGCAGUUUUACCUCAACAGAAGCCAAAGAUACUUGUGAAGCUUACGCACCUGUCGGCGGGAGUUUUGUUGUACCUCUGCAACACAAACUGCAAACAUUAGACAAUCUGAGAUGGAAGCACAACAAGACCAAGAUCUUUCAUCGACUUUCAAAUGAGACUCGUUCAGGGAAGCCAGAUGAUAUUAAUAGAAAUGGUUCUCUAAGGCUGACAAACCUGAAGAGAAGCAGUGAAGGCCUCUACAUCCCUGAGGUUUUUAAUACAAAUGGGGAACCUUUACUGAAUGGAAAAGGCCUAUAUUUGUGUAUCUUGGAUCCUGUUCCAAAGCCUGGAUUGCAAAUUGAAUGUGUCUUGCCCAAUGUGAAAUUCACGUGCAUUCCUGGUAAGACAGCUUAUGACACUCUGGAGUGGUUUCAGAAUGAUAAGCCUUUGUCCGAGGAAAAUGAGAAGACUGUACUGCGAGUUGCCAGUGAGGUGCCACAUUAUUCAUUCAAAUGCAAAAUUUCCAAUCGAGUCAGUUCCAUGAACAGUGAAAGCUUGAUACAAAAUUGCAUGGGCUCAAGUGAAUCCAUCUUCCCCAAAGAACUAUUUGGCCUAGAUUUUAGGAUCAUGGCAAGCAUCCUUGCUAGCUUGGGAGGCCUGGCUCUGUUGUUGAUCAUUAUCCUAUUCGUUUGCUGUAUUCGAGCCAUAAAAGAAAAACAAAAACAAGUUAAAGAGGAGGAGGAGCUUCGCUUGGGAUGGACCAAUUCUGAAGGACAACACCAACACCGUCAUCAACCACCCAAACGACAUCACCAUUGUCAUGGUCAAACUGGACCCCGGCAACACCGCAGCAGACAGCACAGAGAGCCAAGGUAUCAAAGAAGCAAACCUCAGGCCAGACCCAGAAGUGACACACAGGACUCUCAAGCAAUGGGCCCAGACAAGCAUGCUCCUCCUUGUCCUAAGCCCAGGAAAACAGCGAUUCCAGCACAAAGAAUGUGACGACAUGAUAAUGCAUCACCUUCAAAUACAGUAUCGUCCUGACGAUCAUCAUCUUGCAGUAUUGAGGUUCCCCAAUUUAACUACACUAUCUCCAUAGUCACACAAACCUAUUCAAAUGCCUUUGGAAGAGGAUUAGGGCCAGUGAAGAAAAUAAAUGCUUGGUCAGACUAACUUUAAAGUCAGUAUUCUGAGAAUAAAGUCAGAAUUCUCCUUUUAAAAGUGAGAAUCCUGCCAACUAGUUUUUGUUCUUCUUCAAUGGCACUAACCCUCUUCUUAAUGCCAGUUUUCCAUGACAAAAACAAUCAGAACCAGAACAAAAAACAAUACAAACUUUUUCACAACAUUAACGACCUAUAACAUGCGUAACCUACCAGUAAUGUUUAUUUUUAUUAUUAUUAUCUUCAAGAAGGAGACAAUUUGUAAGCAGCUUUUGUACUGGAUUAAUCCUCUUUUUUUCCUUCUUUUUUACUCAAUUGUUCUGAUUUAUGUAAUGUUGUGGCUUUUUCUGAUCACAUUACUUUUUCUUAUGGCUUGCAUUUUACUAUAUUAAGUUUUAAUAUAAAAAUACAUCACAGUACCUUAAAUCAAUGUAAAGUUUUGUUGUAUAUCUGAA